AUGAUCACUAUAUUAAAUAGGUUGCCUUCGGAGUAUGACAUGAUCAAGACAGUUCUCAUUGCUCGUGACUCGUUGAUCUCCCUGAAAGAUUUUCGUGCUCAAUUGCUUGCUGUGGAACAAGCUGCAGAAGCUCGAAUUCACACUUAUCAUGCUCUGUAUAUGUCUUCUACCUUUUCUCAUGGUCAGGUGUUGCAGCAUUCUGGUUCUUCUUCUACUGGUAUGGGUUUACUUCCCACUCUUUCUGUUGCCUAUAUGGGUUCUCAUGAUGCUUCUGGUUUUCAUAAUAGAGUCUCUGGUUCUCAAUCUUUCUCUGGCAAUGGUCGUGGUUUUUCUUCUGGUAAUGGUAGAGGUUUUGCCUCUGGGCGUGGUCGGUUUUCACAGACUCGGUAUCCAAGUUCCAAUUUUCAUGGCGGGUUUUCUGGAGCUCAAGAAAGAUUUGGGGACUCUUCUUCUAAAUUUUCUGUUGUUCCAGAAUGCCAGAUUUGUGGCAAACGUGGCCAUACUGCCGUGAAUUGUUAUCAUCGUCACGGUGAUGACAGUUCUAAGAUUUCUGGGUCAAUUAUUGCUUGCCAAAUUUGUGGUAAAAAGGGUCAUGGUGCUUUGGAUUGCUUCCAUCGCUCGAAUUAUGUCUAUCAAGGUCAAGCUCCUUCAUCCAUUAUCUCUACUAUGGCAGCUCACAGUUCUAAUAUGCCUACACAUGCUUAUGCUCCAAUGACAACUCCUUCGAGACAAGAGAUGGCAGAUCAUGUUUGGAUUGCAGAUCAUGUUUGGAUUGCAGAUAAUAGAGCUUCCCAUCAUAUGGUUGCCGAUGUCUCUACUCUGCACGAUGUUACCCCCUGUGAUUCCACUGAUCAAGACAAGGCAACAAAGGCAAUUCUUCUAAAGGGCUCUAGCCAUAAUGGCUUAUAUCCCAUUCCUUGUAAAGUUCCAUCCGCCCGGUUCUCAUUUUCCAGUCCAACAGCUUAUCUUGGUCAGCGUACUCAAUUUAAUGCUAAAAUUCAGCAUUUUCAAAGUGAUGGUGGUGGCGAGUAUAUUAGCAAAACAUUUACUGACUUCCUUGGCAGUCAUGGUAUUUUGCAUCAGAUUACAUGUCCAUACACCCCACAGCAGAAUGGUAUGGUUGAGAGGAAAAACAGACAUGUUGUAGAGACUACUCUGACUCUUUUGACUGCUGCUAAUAUGCCUGGACAGUUUUGGUAUCAUUCUCUUGCACAUGCAGUCUACUUAAUAAAUAGAAUGCAGGUAGCAAUGCCACCUAUUCUUUUUCCUUUGCCUUUGCAAGAAGUUACACCUCAUGCUACCAUAGUCACACCAAUAGCUCCUUCAACAUCAUCUUCUAUUUCUGCAUCUCUUGUUGCACAACUAUUAGAUGAACCUGCAAGCUAUAAGGUAGCCUCGUUUUUUCCACAAUGGAAACAAGCCAUGCAAGAAGAGAUUAAUGCCUUGCAUAUGCAAGGUACUUGGACUUUGGUUCCUAAUCCUGGAAAUAAAAACAUUGUUGGUAGUAAGUGGAUUUACAAGAUAAAGAGGAAUUCUGAUAGUUCUAUAGCUAGGCAUAAAGCUUGGUUGGUAGCUCAGGGAUUCAAUUAA